UCAUCAUGCCUCGCUUUGUAACCUUGCUUGUUCUGUUCUUAGUUAUCUUCUCUGCUUCCAUGUGUUGUUGUUCAGAAGCUAGAAAACUUCAACUCAGGGAAAACAGGGAAAUCAAGGUUGUUGACCCUUCUCCAAAGAGCAGCUUGUUCUCCAGCUCCCUUCCAAAGGGCACCGUGCCGGCUUCCACACCGAGCAAGAAGGGACAUGCCAUGGAGGUUGAUGAGAAGCUCAUUGCACGAAACCUCAUUAGUGUUGAACGAGUUCUUCUCACAUGUGUCCCUAGUCCUGGUGCUGGCCAUUGAUUCAUUUUCAUUCCUUUCUUUGUUAAUCACUU